AUGACACCUUCUCUCAUUGACAAAGUUGUCUUUGAUAUCCCCAUUUUGACACAGCAGACCUUGGAUCUUCCAUUUUGGGACGGUCUCAAGGAAGUGCAAGACUCAGGAGUAGUCGUCAUCAACAAGCUUCGCCAUUUCGCUACUGUCGUCACGUUGAUGCAAGCAGGGGCAUAUUGGCCAUUGGGUUAUCGAGGCAACAUCCAGCAAGAACUCUGGCUUGGUUUCGCUCUUGCUGGUGAUGAGGACUUCACAUUUAAUAAACAUUCUCCAGCAGCAUUGGGCGACACUCUUCCUGAUGAGGAAAAGUCCCCACAAUUGUGCAGUGUUCACGCUGGACACUUUGACCCAGUAACAUCCAAUCUGCUUGCUUGGAUGACUAGCGGCUUUGCAAAUUGUCCCAUUCGAAACCCGGAUGUGGGCGAUGACUUUGGGCUGGCCUUCAAUUGGCAUACUUUUGAGACGCCUGAGAACAUGGUUGAUUUCUACAAGAGCAAAUUUCAGCCAAAGGCGGCCAUCAUCCCACCAUAUGUCAACACUGACAGCCUUGAUUUGAAGAAUGAUGACAAGAACCCUACGAGGCCAUGGGAGGCGGGCAAAGGUUGUGAGAACAUGGUUUUUGUGCCAAUGGGGAGAUUGGUGGGUCUGGAAAGCACGGUCUGA